CCGUCUAGGGGCCCCGUCCGCGGGCGUUCCCAGCGUCCCCGGCCCGAGUCCCGGAGAGCCGGGCCGUGCCCGCCCCGUCGGUCCCCGAUCGCGAUCCUUGCCCGGGGCCGUCAGGGUCCGCCCCCGGGACUCCCCUUUCCGUUCCUGGGCAGGGUCCUCGCGGCCCAUGCUGGCCGCUGGGGGCCCGCGCCGCUCAGACAUCUCCCGGGCCGGCCGGCCGGCCACCAUGGUGGCCCUGAGGCCUGUGCGCCUCCUCCAGGGAGGCUAAAAGGUCCCGAGCGCAGGCCUCGGGGCGCGAGGGUCCUGCGCCUGAGCCCCGCGCCAUGGCCGGGGCCAUCGCUUCCCGAAUGAGCUUCAGCUCGCUCAAGAGGAAGCAGCCUAAGACAUUCACCGUGCGGAUCGUCACCAUGGACGCGGAGAUGGAGUUCAAUUGCGAGAUGAAGUGGAAGGGGAAGGACCUGUUUGACUUGGUAUGCCGGACCCUGGGGCUUCGCGAAACCUGGUUCUUCGGCCUCCAGUACACAAUCAAGGACACGGUGGCCUGGCUCAAGAUGGACAAGAAGGUGCUGGAUCAUGACGUCUCAAAGGAAGAGCCGGUCACCUUUCACUUCCUGGCCAAAUUUUAUCCCGAGAAUGCCGAGGAAGAGCUGGUUCAGGAGAUCACACAGCACUUAUUCUUCCUGCAGGUAAAGAAGCAGAUCUUGGAUGAAAAGAUCUACUGCCCUCCUGAGGCAUCUGUGCUCCUGGCUUCUUAUGCCGUCCAGGCCAAGUACGGCGACUACGACCCCUCUGUUCACAAGCGGGGAUUUUUGGCCCAAGAGGAAUUGCUUCCAAAAAGGGUGAUAAAUCUGUAUCAGAUGACUCCGGAAAUGUGGGAGGAGAGGAUCACAGCCUGGUACGCGGAGCACCGAGGCCGGGCCAGGGACGAAGCGGAGAUGGAGUAUUUAAAGAUAGCUCAGGACCUGGAGAUGUACGGUGUGAACUACUUCACAAUCCGGAAUAAAAAGGGCACAGAGCUGCUGCUUGGAGUGGAUGCUUUGGGGCUUCACAUUUAUGACCCUGAGAACAGGCUGACCCCCAAGAUCUCCUUCCCGUGGAACGAAAUCCGGAACAUCUCCUAUAGCGACAAGGAGUUUACCAUUAAGCCUUUGGAUAAGAAAAUCGAUGUCUUCAAAUUUAACUCCUCAAAGCUUCGUGUCAAUAAGUUGAUUCUCCAGCUGUGUAUUGGGAAUCACGACCUGUUUAUGAGGAGAAGGAAGGCCGAUUCUUUGGAAGUCCAGCAGAUGAAAGCCCAGGCCAGAGAGGAGAAGGCCAGAAAGCAGAUGGAGCGGCAGCGCCUUGCGCGGGAGAAGCAGAUGCGGGAGGAGGCUGAACGCACGCGGGACGAGCUGGAGAGGCGGCUGCUGCAGAUGAAGGAAGAGGCAACGAUGGCCAACGAAGCCCUGAUGCGGUCCGAGGAGACGGCCGACCUGUUGGCCGAAAAGGCCCAGAUCACGGAGGAGGAGGCGAAGCUCCUGGCCCAGAAGGCGGCAGAGGCCGAGCAGGAGAUGCAGCGCGUCAAGGCCACGGCCAUCCGGACAGAGGAGGAGAAGCGCCUGAUGGAGCAGAAGGUGCUGGAGGCCGAGGUGCUGGCGCUGAAGAUGGCCGAGGAGUCGGAGAGGAGGGCCAAGGAGGCCGAUCAGCUGAAGCAGGACCUGCAGGAGGCUCGAGAGGCAGAGCGAAGAGCCAAGCAGAAGCUGCUGGAAAUCACCACCAAGCCCACAUACCCGCCCAUGAACCCACUCCCAGCACCACUGCCUCCCGACAUGGCAAGCUUCAACCUCAUCGGCGACAGCCUGUCUUUUGACUUCAAGGACACCGACAUGAAGCGCCUUUCCAUGGAGAUAGAGAAAGAGAAAGUGGAGUACAUGGAGAAGAGCAAGCACCUGCAGGAGCAGCUCAACGAGCUCAAGACCGAGAUCGAGGCCCUGAGACUCAAAGAGCGGGAGACGGCCUUGGACAUGCUGCACAACGAGAAUGCCGACCGGGGCGGCGGUGGCAGCAAACAGAACACCAUCAAAAAGCCUCAAGCCCAAGGCAGAAGACCUAUCUGCAUUUGAGCCCUCACAGUAGGUUAUGCCCAGCUCACCCUGCAGAGCGCCAAGUCCCGAGUGGCCUUCUUUGAAGAGCUCUAGCAGGUGACCCGGCCACCCCAGGAUCAGCUGCUUCUGCAUGCCCGCCCGCGGCACCAACGGGAUGGGCCCGACACCGCGGGAGCCGUCCGAAGGUGGGCCGAGCGGAGAGCCCAGCCCUUUCAUGUGCAAUUGCCUUGAACUAUGAUCCUGCAGAGGGUUCUCUCGUGGGGUUCUAGUUCUCCUGACCUGAGUCUUUAGGUUUUUUAAAGAAGUAUUUGUCUCUCCUCGUCUGA